CGUACUUCCCCUCUCCAUCGACUUUCGUACUAGCGAGCAGACUGCGUCGUCUGCAUUCUGUAUGCAACAGGGUUGCUCAUUUAUUUAUUUCCUUGCCGUUGUCAAGAUUGGGGUCUUGCCGCUGAUUGUAGCUAUCGUUGUUGCUUUGCCUGAUCGACAAAGGUUCACAGACUUUCUGUUUUAGAAGCUGAGCUGUGGCAAUAUAUCUUAUCUGAUUGCUUCUCCCUGAUACCAUACCCCAUUAGGCAACUUGUUCUGCCCUUGAAGCCUCCUUCUUGCCAUUGAGCUAUACCCUCCCUUUCCUUCCUUCUAUUAUCCCCCUUCUUUGAGCAACAAUCGAUCAUGAACGACUCUGCGAUGGACGACUGGAACCUGGAGACGAGCUCUGUAGUCUCGAGUUGUAGUACUUUGAAUGGCGAUCUCAAGCAUCCUCAGUUCGACAGACCAAGUGGGCGCAAUCGAAGGAUUGUCUUGGUAUCCCUGUUCUUGGCUGCCUUGGUAUUUGGCUUGGCCACUUACUUUGUCAUGCUGGCUUCGCAACACGCCGAAUUCGAAUCCAGUUUUGAAAGUUUUGCCCGGGAAACUGCGGAUAUUGCCGAAAACAAUGCCGAGAACUCGUUGGGCCAUUUGCGAAACUUGGCCACGGCCAUUACCUCGCAAGUGGUGGAUAACGAACAAGCAACAUUUCCGUUUGUCACCAUUCCCCACUUUGAUUUGCGGACCCAAGAGAUUGCCGACUUGACCGGUAUUGAAAUGAUCCUCUUUGUACCCUUUGUCACACAACAGGAUGCUAAGACUUCUUCCCAAGAACAACAAGCCCAUGAUGAUUGGGAAACGUACACGAUGGAACACCAGGAUUGGAUCCUGCAAGAUUACAAUUAUCGAGGUUGGGAUCCUUCGACGUUGACACCCAUUCCACGCCACAUUUACAACUACACCCUGCCACCCAACUUUAACGAGACACGACCGGGAUUUGUCGAUGAAGGCGCGUUUAUGGAAGAAAUCCUCUCCAACAUGUCCUACCACCCAUCCUUCUUCCAGGCACCCGUGGCACAGUAUGGACCCCGUCUCGUCGAUACGAGUUUGGCCAAACUCGAUCUCUUGACGCAUCCCAUUUUCAAAAAGGAAAUGGUCGCCUCGUUGGAAUACAAUGUCCCCGUUAUUUCCGAAACGGAAGAUCUAGAAUUUCUCCUCCAGCAUAUUCAACCGACGAAUGGUUCGACUACCACAGAAUUGCGCAGUUUUACACUGGAAACCGUCAAGGAAGACUUUCGGAACAACUCGCGAACGGUGGGAUUCUUGGUGUCGGUCGUUCCGUGGAAAAUCUUUUUUCGCAAUUUGCUGCCGACCAAUAUUAAUGGCAUUGUCGUCAAGGUCGUGUCCGAUUGCGGGGCCAACUUUACAUAUGUCUGCAAUGGAGGUCGGGACGAUUGGGCGGCCAAUGGCGAUCACUACAAUAAUGACGACGACGACAAUCAUCAGUACUACAAAGACAUGAAACAGCACUUUCCAUUCUUUUGGAAAGACCAUCCAACCGGCGCGUCACGACACUGUCAUUUCGAUUUGGUCAUCUUUCCCAAUGACGAAUUCGCCGAUAACUAUCUGACCAACGAUCCGUUGUACUAUGCCUUGAUUGUCGUCGGGGUCUUUAUCGUUACGGCCAGUCUCUUUGUCGUGUACGAUUACUGUCAACAAUCACAACAAUCGCUGUUUAUUGAAGAAAAGGCACGGGCCGAAGCCAUUGUCACGUCACUCUUUCCCAAACACGUCGGGGAACAACUCAUGAAAGAACAACAAUUCAAUACGACUACCCACAAACUGCUGGGGCGUCGACGAUUGGUGGAAGAGUCCAUGCGUGUCAGCAGUGGCAACCAUAACAAUGCCAAUAGUCGAUGUCUGUCCGACUUUCUCAGUGGAGAAAUGAAAGUGCGAGGGAAACGAGUCAAGACCAAGCCGUUGGCGGAUCUCUUUCCCAGUGCCACCAUUUGUUUUGCCGAUAUUGUGGGAUUCACUGCUUGGAGUAGUGUCCGAGAACCAUUCCAGGUGUUCACUUUGCUCGAGACAUUGUAUCAGGCAUUUGACAAAAUCAGUAAGAAGAGAAAAAUUUUCAAGGUCGAAACUAUUGGAGACUGUUACGUUGCCGUCGCCGGUUUGCCCAAGCCAAGGCCUGACCACGCCUUGGCCAUGGCGAAAUUCUCAAGGGAUUGCUUGGAGAAGUUCAAAGAGCUGGUCAACAUGUUGGAGGUCGAACUUGGUCCGGACACUGCAGAUCUAGGUCUUCGAACUGGUUUGCAUUCGGGGCCCGUGACUGCCGGUGUUUUGCGUGGAGAACGGGCCAGGUUUCAGCUCUUUGGAGACACCAUGAAUACUUGCAGUAGGAUUGAAUCAACAGGUCGAGGGGGCAGAAUCCAUUUGUCGCAAGAGUGCGCUGAUGAACUUAUCAAGUACAAGAAAAAAGACUUGCUCGUUCCGCGAAAAGACAAAGUUUCUGCCAAAGGAAAGGGCUUGUUGACCACCUACUGGCUGCGGCUGAGCGAAGACGACGACGUCACCGAAGAAGAGUCGGAAGACAGCGGCGACGAGGCUGGAGUUGGUUCUGAGCAAGAGCAGGCAAAGCGUUUGUCGAAAGCAAAGUCUAGGAAGAUUGAGUGGAAACGGGCAUCCCGAGGGCCAAAGGUUGCUUCGAACAAGGCGUUGUCGACGGAUGCAAGAGCAAGCUACGACAAACAGAAUCGUUUGAUCAACUGGAACACAGAGACGCUGAAACGCUUACUGGAGCGAGUGGUGGCAAGAAGGAAUGCACGGGGCGCGGGACCUACUGCUCUCACCAUGGCGGAGGAAGAAGCGAUCAACAGGAAAGUUCGUUCGGGGAGAAUGGUUUUCGACGAAGUGCAAGACAUCAUUAUCCUGCCCGACUAUGACCAAGCCAGCGCUGACAUAUGCGAAAACAACAGCCCAGACGAGUUACCCUUUGACGUUGUGAUGCAGAUUCGCGAAUACGUUACGGCCAUUGCCAAGCUCUACCCCUCGAAUCCCUUCCAUGAUUUCGAUCAUGCAUCGCACGUCUGCAUGAGUGUUGUGAAGAUGCUGAGCCGCGUAGUGGCUCCCAAGAUGGUAGCAGAGACUGCAUUAAGUGGUGAACUCCAUAAGCAAAUCCACGACCACACCUAUGGAAUCACUUCCGAUCCAAUCACCCAGUUUGCUUGUGUUGUGUCGAGCCUCAUUCAUGACGUCGAGCAUCCCGGUGUGCCCAACUCACAGCUUGUCAAGGAACAAGUUGAAAUUGCAGUCAAAUACAAGAACAUUAGCGUUGCCGAACAGAACAGCGUCGAAGUCUCAUGGAAUAUUCUGAUGGAACCCCGCUUUGACAAGCUUCGUGCAUCAAUCUACACUACGGAAACCGAGAUGAUCCGAUUUCGGCAGCUGGUCGUGAACUCUGUGAUGGCAACAGAUAUUGUCGACAAGCAGCUCAAAGCACUCCGCAACUCGCGAUGGGAGCGCGCAUUUCAACAGGGUUCCGUUGACGGGGAAGUGGACACGGACGACGACGUUGAGGCCAUCAAUCGAAAGGCUACGAUUGUGAUCGAGCAUUUGAUUCAAGCAUCGGACGUGUCGCACACAAUGCAACACUGGCAUGUUUUUCGAAAGUGGAAUGAACGGCUGUUUCGCGAAAUGUACACUGCCUACCAAGCAGGUAGAGCGGAGAAGGAUCCAUCGGAGUUCUGGUACAAAGGGGAGAUCGGCUUCUUUGACUUUUAUAUCAUACCCCUAGCUAAGAAACUAAAAGAAUGCGGAGUCUUUGGGGUUUCGAGCGACGAGUAUUUGAACUACGCUCAAAGCAACAGGAGAGAAUGGGAACAGAAAGGCGAAGAGAUUGUCAAGGAGUAUCUUGCAGCCUUUCACAAAGAAAAUGGGAAAAUGGGGCGACGCCUCAGUCGUCAUAUGAGCAGCAACCGACUGCUUUCGGCGACUUCAGAUGCACCUGAAAACACCAGCUUCCGAGAGUCCAUGCAGCCAAACGCCAAGAAGAGUAGUUUUCGGGCAGUCGAAAACAAAUCGAGCCUCCGACAGCUGAACGGUCGCAGUCAGCAGGCAUUGGAAGACCGAAAUAGCUUGCGACAGGUGAACAAUGACAACGCCGUGAAUGGCAGUCAGAAGGUUGUGGAUCACACCAGGGCUUCACAGACCAAGCUCAAUACCAACAACGACAGCAGCCGGAAGGAAUCGACCGAGAGAACAUCAUCCAGUCAGGCCAAGGUCGCCGCUAGCAACGUCAACAGUCCCAAUGUCGUGACAGAGAACACACCAUCCAGGCAGGCCAAUGGCAGUGCUACGGACAGCAGGCGCGAGAUGCUUUUUGAUGCUCUGACCCCCAGUGAGAGGGAUGCUGGAUUCACAGGAGUUGUAAACCUGUAGAAAGUAGAGAAACUAUACCAGUAGAAACUCAUGUUCGUAGAUCAACGUGUUAUGGGGUGUUCUGAUGGAACCCAACAUAUGACAAGGUUUGUACAUCAAUCUACACUACAGAAACUGAGAUGAUCCGAUUUCGACAGUUGGCGGUGGAAGCAACUUUUUACUGUGUUGUGGGGCCGAUGCGUAUUGGUCAUCCGUUGCGGCGCUGACGAUUUUCGCAUUCUUCCACUUUGUUGGUUAAAGUCUGUUGCAGCAACAGAUAUUGUCGACAAGCA